AUGGGUAACGUACCCACUACGGUGAAGCACUGCUUGAGCUACGAGCAGUUGGUCCAGGACUACCCAUGGCUGAGGCACUGGCUGCAGGAGGAGAAGACCAGCACGACCCAAGAGUACCCAAAGUUUGUUAAAAUCGUUGAGGUUGGGCCCAGAGAUGGACUUCAGAAUGAAAAGGAAAUAGUCCCAACAGGGAUAAAAAUCCAGCUGAUAGACAUGCUGUCACGAACAGGCCUGCCUGUGAUCGAGGCCACCAGCUUCGUGUCUGCAAAGUGGGUACCUCAGAUGGCCGAUCACACUGAUGUGCUCAGGGGAAUCCAGCGAACACCUCAUGUUCAGUACCCUGUGUUGACACCUAACAUGCAGGGUUUCCAGGACGCUGUAGCAGCCGGUGCUACUGAAGUGGCUGUGUUUGGGUCAGCGUCCGAAACCUUCAGUAAAAAAAAUAUUAACUGCUCUAUUGAUGAAAGCAUGCUGAGGUUUGAGGAGGUCAUUAACUCUGCCAAGGAGCAACACAUUCCAGUCCGCGGAUAUGUGUCUUGUGCGCUGGGAUGUCCCCACGAGGGACACAUUGAACCUUCCAAAGUUGCCGAGGUGGCAAAGAGGCUAUAUGACAUGGGCUGUUAUGAGAUUUCCCUGGGGGACACCAUCGGGGUGGGAACUCCAGGUUCCAUGUUAAAGAUGCUGCAGAGUGUGAUGAAGGAGGUUCCUGCCAACGCUCUAGCGGUUCACUGCCAUGACACGUAUGGCCAAGCACUGCCCAACAUCCUGACUGCACUCCAGAUGGGGGUCUGCGUGGUGGACUCGGCAGUAGCCGGCCUGGGAGGCUGCCCGUACGCUCAGGGUUCGUCUGGCAACGUUUCAACAGAGGAUGUUCUCUACAUGCUCAGUGGCAUGGGCAUUGAAACAGGUGUGAACCUUGCCAAAGUGAUGGAGGCUGGUGAUUUUAUCUGCGGAGCUUUGAGUCGCCAGACAAACUCCAAGGUUGCUCAGGCCAGAGGCAGAACACUGUGA